GGGGGGCGCUCUCACUGUGGGCUUUAGCAUUGACCCAAUGUGCUCAAAGUGUCCAUGUGCAGAAUAACAGCUCUGGAAAAGAAAAUUCGAGCUGUGUUUUUAUGAGAUGGACGGUGAUAAGAUUGAAGCCAAAGUUAAGGUGGGUGAUCUGGUGAUGCAGAACCCACAAGCACUGGCGGCUCUUCAGGACAGACUAGACAACAUGACACAGAGUCCUUCAGUUAUGGACAGCUUACCGCUGUCCGUCAGGAGAAGAGUCAACGCCUUAAGGAACCUGCAAGUCAAGAGUGCACACAUAGAAGCCAGAUUUUACGAGGAGGUACACGAGCUGGAAAGAAAGUACGCAGCGUUCUAUCAGCCGCUGUUUGAAAAGAGGAAAAACAUUAUAACUGGUGUAGUGGAGCCUACAGAUGAGGAAUGUGAAUGGCAGAGUGAUCACGAUGAUGAAGAGCUGGCAGAUGAGUUGCAGAAGAAAGCCUCCAUAGAAGAGAAGAAAGCAGAAGAGGAGGGCACUGCCGAGGAAAAUCCCAAAGGAAUUCCUGAAUUCUGGCUCACUAUAUUCCGCAGCGUGGACAUGCUGAGCGAUAUGCUACAGGAAGCCGAUGAGCCAAUCCUUAAACAUCUCCAAGACAUUAAAGUGAAAUUUUCUGGACCUGAUGAACCCAUGACUUUCACUUUAGAGUUUCACUUUGAACCGAACAGCUACUUUAAAAACACGGUCCUUACAAAAGUCUACAAGAUGAAGACGGAACCGGACACCGACGAUCCGUUUUCCUUUGAAGGCCCGGAGAUCAUCGACUGUGAAGGAUGUGAGAUUGAAUGGUACAAAGGGAAAGAUGUUACCGUCAGAACGAUUACAAAAAAACAGAAGCACAAGAACAGGGGUAUCGUGAGGACGGUCACUAAACAAGUGCCCACUGACUCCUUUUUUAACUUUUUUAACCCAAUUAAAGUUUCCUCGUAUAGUGAAUUGGAUGAGGACACUGAAAUUACUCUAGCCACAGAUUUUGAAGUCGGCCAUUUCUUCAGAGAGAGGAUAGUACCAAGAGCUGUCCUGUACUUCACUGGAGAGGCGAUGGAGGAUGACGAUAGCUUUGAGGAAGAAGAGCUCGAUGAAGGUGAAGAGGAGGAUCAAGAGGAUGAUAUGGAGGAAGAUGAGGAGGAUGGAGAUAUAAAGGCAUAAGUCAUUUGUCACUCCAUGUAUUUCUAGAGCGGAGAAGCCCAGCCUGCAGAGUGCAAACAGCAGUAACAGACUAGUGCCACCUGCAGCAAGGCAGUUUCCUGCUCAGCGUCGCCUGAUCUCUGCAGAACAGUCACCCUAACAAACAUCAACAGAAUAACAUUGUGCAUGAUUGAUUUUAUUUUUUCCUCCAGAACAUGAUCACUGUUACCAAAAAUUGGUAGAAUAAAACAACCAAGUUCUCUUCAUAACUGUGGAUUAUUGCAUUCUGAGCAAACUGCCUCUUGGAUUAUGUUCUAAAAUCAUUACUUGUUUGUUUGUUUUUGUCUUUAAUCCAAACACAUUCCAGAGGCCCUUAUAUUUGGAAAUUUGGAAUGAUAUUAAUUCCAAAGUUAAUUGAUUUAACCUUUAUGACUUGAUAGUUUACUCAGGGUUUUUUAUGCUGAGAACACAUGCACACGCUCCGUUGAGAAACCGCUGAUGAGAAACUGAUCCCACUUCAUUCUUUUUGUUUGUUUGUUGCAUUUUUGUUUUGUUUGUCUUUAGUUUCUUACAGUUACUGUUGCUCCAAAAACUUUUUAGAUCUAUUUCAAAUUAUUCUGAAGUUAUUUAUAUAAAAGUUUUUCUUUUUUAAACGUUAAACUACACACAUUGUUCCUGUUCCCCUGAUGGAUUUCAGAGGGUGGAAGGGCGUCGUCUCUUUGCUCUCUCUGUCCUGUGUCCCUACAUUUACCUACAAUGUUGUUGCUUUACUGCCCUGAGCGCUUACUACAGAAUUAAAUAUCAAGAUUGCCAAAACAUA